GUUUGCCCUAAUUCAUAGAACCAGAGUUGCUUCACACUCUUAUCUCCUCUGCAGCCUAGUUGUGUGACUUGUGACGAAAAGAACCAGGGCCGCCGCACCUAAAAAACUAGGGCAAGAAUCCGUCUGCAAUACCCCGAGCACUAUUGCCUAAAAAAAUGGUGCUUUCAAAUGACAUUGAUCUCCUUCAUCCACCAGCAGAGCUAGAGAAGAGGAAGCACAAGUUGAAACGCCUCGUUCAAUCUCCAAACUCGUUCUUUAUGGAUGUGAAAUGCCAGGGAUGCUUUAACAUAACGACUGUGUUCAGCCACUCCCAAACAGUGGUGGUAUGUGGAAAUUGCCAAACCGUUCUUUGCCAGCCUACUGGAGGGCGUGCUCGUCUUACUGAAGGCUGCUCCUUUAGGAAGAAGGGAGACUGAGAUCGUCUUACUGAAGGCUGCUCGUUUACGAAGAAGGGAGAUUGAGAUCUUCUAACGAACUUUCACUGCUCCCCUUGAACCAUUGUAAGAAUCGAGGGUUCAUCUUUUGAUUAUGGUUUUCUGGGGCUUAUUCUUAGUAGUUCUGUUUACAAAUUCUGGGCUUCAAAGACCUCAUUUAACAUGAACAUGAGUUUGAUCAUGUUAUCUAUGUUUUGCAUGACAUGAGUACUUAAAUUUUGUCUGUUCUUUCCGGUUGUACUGGCAAGGAUUGAGUUGGGUUCUUGAUAUUGAUUUUGAGAUAGGGUUUUAUAAUAUCUUGUUGCUUUCUUGCA